AUGCGAUGCGCGAGCAAGGCCGCCGAGAGCGCGUCUGCACGUCUCUGUGCGGACGCCGAAGCAGAAACCACAGCAACUGAUGUCUCAUCGGUUGCUGAAGCGACCCAGCCUGUGUCACUUGGUGAUGCAGGCGCUGGUCAUGAAGACACUCGUGUCUUCACAGAGUACGAGCUCGGUGUCUCGUACUCUCCUGAUACGGAUGACGGAUCCGUAUCGACGGCGAUUGAAUCUAAGCCGCCUGCCAAGCGUGGCAUGGACGAUGCUUUGCGUCGCAGCAUCUUUGGUUCAUCUGAUGAAUCAGAUGAACCAUCGCCGAAGCGAAGGCGCUCGAGGUCGCGAGACUCGGGCGCUAAUAGUGGUGUCGGUUCUCCUAUGGACACCACUUCACAGCGAGGUGCCAGUACUUCUGUCGGCACGUCGCAGGAAGAGCGGGACCGCAAUGUGUUGCGUCUCGCUCCUGAGAAGAAGGCAUGGAUGCCUCCUAAAUCAGUCAUGGAUCACUUGUCGGCGACGACGAGUGAUCGUUAUCGAGCACGAUUGUUCGAUUCGUCAAGGAUCCAUCACCUUGACCCCAGUGCGAAAAACUAUCGCGCUGAGAAUGAAUUCUUCAUCGAUGCUUUCUUUAGACAUCGAUGGUACAGUGGGAAUCACAAACGUGAUGGUCCCUCACUGCUUUUAAGCGUGGAACGCCUACAUCCAUAA